ACUCGACAGAACUGAUUUUGAUUCAAGGAUUUUUCCCUUCAUUUGACUGUCCUCUUUCCCAUAGCAACGCCUCCCUGCACGUUUCAAACGGAGGCUCUUGACCCCAAAUUAAGAGAGCAAAUCUUGGAGGCGCUAAAGUCGUCAUAGCCUGAAAACCCCCACCACAAAAAAUCCUAAUCUUCCCCGCCGCUGAUAGCCUGCUGAAGGCAGCCAGACGCACCAUCUCGAAUCAACUACAACUUCACAUUCGAAUUCGACAUCAUGGUGUCUGCUUCAAAGGCCGCUCGCGAUGCCAAGAGAGCCGCUGAAGGGAAGGCUCCCAAGAAGACCGUCGCCUCCCGCUCAAAGGCAGGGUCGAAGACCGCUUCGGGCGCCUCCUCUGUCGCUGGCGAUGAGACCCCCCCUCUCGAUCAGGAUGUCGACGAGCCUGCGACCUCCGCAAAGAAGAUGGACGAAGUCAAGAGAUUAGCCGAUCAAAUGGACAAGCAUGGUCUCUCCGACCGUGUCACGACGGGUGUGCUCAGCUCGCUGAAGCAGAGCCGAGAUGUCAAGAUCACCUCAGUCUCCCUGGUUUUCCACGGUCGAGUCCUCAUCACAGACACUACGCUUGAACUUACCUAUGGCCGUCGAUACGGUCUCCUCGGAGAGAACGGUUGCGGAAAGUCUACGCUCCUCAAGGCUAUCGACAAGCGCGAAUUCCCGAUCCCAGACCACGUCGAUAUCUAUCUCCUCAACGAGGGUGCGCCACCCAGUGAUCUCGGUGCUUUGGAGUGGGUCGUGAGGGAGGCAGAAAACGAGAUGGAGAGACUUGACAAAGAGGCUGAGCGGAUUCUGGAAGAGGAUGGCCCUGAAAGCCCUCUCCUCAUGGAUCUGUAUGAGCGUAUGGAAACUAUGGAUCCCUCAACAUUUGCUACUCGCGCUUCCCUCAUUCUUACUGGUCUCGGAUUUAACAAAACAACGAUUCAAAAGAAAACAAAGGACAUGUCCGGUGGAUGGCGUAUGCGUGUGGCUUUGGCCAAAGCUCUCUUCGUCAAGCCAUCUCUCCUCCUGCUUGACGACCCCACUGCACAUUUGGAUUUGGAGGCUUGCGUGUGGCUCGAAGAAUACCUCAAGAAAUGGGAUCGUACCCUCGUUCUCGUUUCCCACAGUAUGGAUUUCCUCAACGGUGUCUGCUCCAACAUGAUCGACAUGCGACAAAAGAAGCUUAUCUACUAUGGUGGAAACUACGAUUCUUACUCGAAGACCCGAUACGAACAAGAGGUCAACCAAAAUAAAGCCUACCAGAAGCAGCAAGACGAAAUUGUUCACAUCAAGAAGUUCAUUGCCUCCGCCGGUACAUAUGCCAACUUGGUCAGACAAGCCAAAUCUCGACAAAAGAUUUUGGACAAGAUGGAGGCAGAUGGCUUCAUUCAACCAGUCGAGAGUGAUCGCGUCUUCACGUUCCGAUUUGCUGAUGUUGAGAAACUUCCCCCGCCAGUUUUGUCUUUCGACGACGUUACUUUCUCGUACUCCGGCAACAGCAAGGACGAUCUCUACAGACAUCUGGAUCUCGGUGUGGAUAUGGAUUCUCGAACAGCUUUGGUCGGACCUAAUGGCGUUGGAAAGUCAACCUUACUUCGCUUGAUGACCGGAAAGCUCUCCCCAACUGGUGGACAAGUCUCUCGGCACACUCACUUGAAGAUGGGUGUCUACUCUCAACACUCGUCAGAGCAGUUGGAUCUCACUAAGUCUGCUCUGGACUUUGUUAGAGACAAGUAUGCCGACAAGAGUCAGGAUUACCAGUAUUGGCGCCAACAACUUGGCAAGUAUGGUCUUUCCGGAGAGUCUCAGACAGCUUUGAUGGGCACGUUGUCUGAAGGCCAAAAGUCGAGAAUUGUCUUUGCCUUGUUGGCAAUUGAUGGACCGAAUAUGCUGCUGUUGGACGAGCCUACCAAUGGUUUGGAUAUCCCCACCAUCGACAGUUUGGCGGAAGCUAUCAAAGCGUUCACUGGAGGUGUUGUUGUUGUGUCUCACGAUUUCAGAUUGCUCGACAAGAUUGCAAAGGAUAUUCUGGUGUGUGAGAACAAGACCAUCCAUAGGUGGGACGGCAGCAUUGGAGAGUACAAGAAUCAUUUGAGGAAGAAGAUGGUGUCGACGGGUGCAGUCUAGACGGGUAUCAUUGAGGCCAAACUAAAAAGUUGAUGCAUUAUUGGCGAAGUUGGUGGGUAUUGCAUAUACCUCGGCGGUGGUACCUUGGAUGCUGAUGACUUCGAGGGGCUGGGAGGAAGCAUUACUACUGCCGCGAGAUGAGUUGCUGAUGGUGGGAAUAGACUGUUGUGCUUUAGAGGCGUUGCGCCCUUGAAUUGAUGUUUUGAAAUAGCUCUUGGGUUUUGUGAUCUGUAAUGCCGUGUGACGUUUAUCUCAGCGCUUUACGAGCGAUGCGGAAAUUCGGACAGCUUUUGAUGCUAUUUCCAUUUAUUGGCAAUCCAGGGCUUUACAGGCCUCCAAUGCGGCGGGAAACGAUGAGCUCUCGGCUCGACAACUUCCGCCGGGGCGUGCGAGAGGAAACCCAUCGAAAUAGGGGCAUGCGGGUUUUGCACAAAGAUGACCUUGCAGGGCUGAUGUCACGACAUGGAAGGAGCGAGCAAUUCCACAAUUCACAUUCCGG